AUGGCCCCAAAGAAGACCGCCGGGAAAUCGGUCCCGGAUAGUACGUCCAAGGUAGUCAAGACACCCAAGGUUCUCAAGAAACAACCCAAGAUCACCAAGAAGACCCCCGAUUCCCCGGAGAAGAAGAAGAAGAAGAAGAAGGAAGGAGAUGGCCUGUGUAAAGGCGGCGCUCAAAGAAUCCUCGAACCGCUCGUCGCCCAGCUAGACGCCGUCAUCGCCAACAAAGGAGACUGGUGCGAUGGAAAACAUUUCCGUCCAGCUCGUGCCUUGCUCCAAUCCUGGCUCGACGAGAAGACCGGAGCUUCCCCAAAGCCACCGCAAAAGAUGAACAAAUUCGCCGCGAAGAAGACGUUCAUUGAACCCAUCAUCGGGCAAUUGGAAUUCAUCGCCGAUAACAAGGAUUGGUGUGACGGUGGGAAAUUCAGCGAAGCUCGCGCCGCUCUUCAGGCUUGGAUGGAUACUUCUGCUGGGGAAUCGCUCUGUAAAGGGGGUGCGGAGAGGGCUAUUUACCCUAUUGCGAAUGCAUUGCAUGAGCUUAUUGAGAAGAAGGGAAGUUGGUGUGAUGGGAAUCGAUUCGGACCUGCUCGGGAUCUGCUCGAUGAGUGGUUGAUGGAGCAAGGUGCUCAUUGUGGUCCUCCUUCGGGUAUGUGUGGUUAG